UCUUCUUUUUCAGUACAGUAGUUAGUUAUGCUUAUUACAUUUAUAUACCAUUGUGCAUAUUAUUGACGCAGUCAGAUGCAGAUAACAAUAUAUAUAUAUAUAUAUAUAUAUAUUUGACGGGCAAUGGCCUAUGGUAUUUAGAUCAUUUUCCUGCAACAGCGAGGAAAGUUAGCAAGCUAACGUUAGCAAGGUACACAGCAUACCAGCACAACUUUACCGAAUUAACAAACUACAACAUUGCAAUGAAUGAUACACAUUUGGACCGAUCAGUUCUACCACUAUAUAUGAAAUUAUAUUGCUGCGGCACAGUAUGCAGAAUAUUUGGAGAUGGCUUGGAAGUCAAGGACUCGCAGUCUACAGGUGUUUGACACAGAACUGAGUGCAGACACAGUGGAGUGGUGUCCAAUCCCACAAUGGCACAAUAUUCUGACAUGUGGAACAUACCAACUGCAGAAAAGCCAAGAUGGGGCUGUGGAAGGGACUGCAGCACCCAAUCGGAUCGGCAGACUCUACCUAUUUCAGUUUAGACAAGAAGGACCUAUGUGCCCACCCCUCACUGAACUGCAGCGCAUUGACACGCCAGCUAUUCUGGAUUUAAAAUGGUGUCAUGUGCCAGUCUCAGAACAGCCGUUACUCGGAAUGGCUACAGCCAAUGGGGAGCUACAACUGCACACACUCACAGCCAGUAAGGAAGGCUACUGUGAUCUGAAACCUGUGGCAAGUGCAGAAGUAGGAGAGGACAGGUUGGCUCUGUCAUUGGACUGGUCCACUGGGAGAGGUGACAGUGAUGUCCGUGUGGUGGCCAGUGACUCUGCUGGCUGUCUCAGUGUUCUGUCUCUGGGGGAGUCUGCCAGUGUGUCGAUCAUCUCACAGUGGAAGGCUCAUCAGUUUGAGGCCUGGAUCUCUGCCUUCUCUUACUGGGACACUCAACUCAUCUACUCUGGUGGGGAUGACUGCAAACUUAAGGGCUGGGAUCUUAGGAUGGGUCCCUCUUCCCCCACUUUCACCAGCAAGAGGCACUCCAUGGGUGUAUGCAGUAUCCACAGUAACCCACACAGGGAGCACAUUCUUGCCACAGGCAGCUAUGAUGAGCAGGUGUUGCUGUGGGACGGCAGGAGCAUGCGUCAGCCCCUCAGUGAGAGCUCUCUUGGUGGUGGAGUCUGGAGACUGAAGUGGCAUCCAACCCAGGAGCACCUUCUGCUGGCUGCCUGCAUGCAUAAUGACUUCCACAUCCUGCACUGCCAGCAAGCCCUUGAGGGCAGCGGAGAAUCUUGUCCAAUCCUCGCCUCAUACAUCCUCCACAAUUCGUUGGCCUAUGGUGCUGACUGGUCCCGCAUGUCUCUGGACGGGCCUCUUCCUGGCUCCCCACAUGAAGCCGCGGAGCCCAAGGAGUUCCUGGCAGAGGGCGGAGGACACCUGAGGAUCCAGUAUGAGUCUCCCACCGCCAGCUUUGACACCUCGCUUGAGGACGAUGCAGGACGAUACAUCCCUGAAUGUGUCGCCUCCUCGCCCUCCUGCUCUGGGGCAGGUGUGCCUCCCCGCCCGGCUGCUGACAGCCCCUCUAUGUCCUGCCUACUGGCCAGCUGCUCCUUCUAUGACCAUAUGCUGCAUGUGUGGCGCUGGGACUGGACUCCUGAAGAGGACAGCACCACUGAGGGGCAGGGAGGGACAGGUGCAGAGGACGAGAGCCAGGCCAGUGCGCUGAAAUAGGAGAUGCACAGAGGUCUUUAAGACUUGUACUGAAACCGUUUUAACAUAGGACUCACGCACAGAAUGCGUACAUAAUGAAAAGGGAGCAAUAGAUGAUAUAAUUUCUGUAUGGGUCAUCGGGGUGAUUGAUUGAUUAACCUCACUUGAAUGUUGAAACACACCAACCUACCAGCACCAAUACCAAUUCUAACAUAUCUGCUAUGAAA